AUGGAGAGUAGAUCAAAUUGUAUUUCUACUAUUGAAAGGUUUGCGAUGUGUGGUCUCUAUAUACAGGUGUCUACAGAUGAAAAUACUAAUGAUGAUAGAGAUUUAAUAAAGGUGAGCUUCUCAACAGUGGAAGAAUCAUCCCUGCAAGACCUCGGGGAAGAAUUAUUACCAGCGGGGUAUAGAGAGGAAUCUACUGCUGCCAUUUCUUACACGUAUUUAGUUGAGUGUGGGUUCAACACGGUUAAUGGUGUCCUCAAGUUCGUUGAAUAUAAACGAGUGAGGCGAUCUACGAUUGAAAUUGGCAUCAUUCACCCCGGGUAUUCAGAAAAUCGUAAAAGAACAUUCAAACGUUGA